AUGGCCUACACGUAUCCGGACAGGUCCAUCUACUCGUGUCAGAUGCAGGUAGGUGCAGGUAUUGAAGUGCACGAUAAUAGGCGUAUUAUGUAACCCGAUUCCGUGCAAACAUACGUUUGGUUAUGUUGUGCUACGACUGUGGUAUGUUAUUGUGUUCUUUCGUAUCUGAUCGUUAUUGUGUGUCAUCUUGAUGACAUUUGAUUAGAUAUUGUUUUGUUUAUAAUAGGCCGGUCAAAAAGUUGAUAGAAUCUCUUUUUACAGACAGAUUUGGUCAGUCUUUGCCUUUUCUAUUUAAUUUUUGACCGGUCACUAUUAUAAAAUUGAGCUAGAUGAACCCUACGUUAACGUAACACCACAGUUUACACAUAAUACCACAGUGUACCGCAGUAAUGUGAUGUGAUGACCUCCUACCAUCGAAUAACACUUGAUCUGGUCUGCUUAACCCUGUAAAGACAAUCCUAUAUUUCAGCUUCAGGGAUGUAACCUGCUCCUGAUCCUGCUAGGCCUUCUGAUGGUUGGUCUGGCGAGCUCCCAGUUCAGUCCGGUCGGGUUGGACAACUAUCGACUGGUCGAUCUCAGGCUUCUCAACUACUUUCAUACGCUAACGGGUGCAGUCAGCUUUUACUGUGUAAUCAAGAACCAUGGCAGUAUUGUGGUCAAAGGGUUGUACAUGGUGUCGUUCGUGGUUGGGACAUGUACUGCCAUCUUUUAUGGGUUUACAACUUACAGGGUAUGUUACAGUAGUUCCACGUAUCCUAUAUGACAUUUUCAAAAACAUGUUAUGAUAGUCUCAGGUAUUUUGCUAUUUUAAUCGACUAAAAAAUCUGCUUCUAAUUAGUCAUUUAUAAAGGUUAAUAUUGCUACUUCAGAUAGUGGAUUCGUACCAGAAUCUGAUGCGACUUCAGAAUACAAACGGCUUCCAACAAGAAUUCGGAGAAUUUUCCGAGAAUUACGUUGGGAAGAUUGUCAUCUCGGCCGUGUCCAUCGGAGUUUCAGCAGUAGCGGGACUAGUGGCACUAGUGGGACUGUUUCUGUUAGAUAGACUGGUCGUUGUCGAACCAAAUUGGCCAACGAUAAACGUAGGUUUUGCAGUUUUCUAGCCAAAUCUACUGUCCUAACCAAAGAUAAGAAUAACCAUAAAUAGUUACUAUCCCACUCAUUAGUACAGUAUCCUUUCAGAGAGAACAAGAAAUAGAGUUACGGUACAACAGAAUCCAACUAAAGUAUCUGGCCUUGCUCAAGCUGUUCCUUGGCCUAGGAACCCUUGGCUUGGCCGCUUUCCUAGAAUAUCUUCAUGAAUCCCUAGGUCGCCGACCAGAUUACAUCAAGAUAUCGCUAGAUCACAUCGCAUCGUUCUUUGCUACAGUAGGCGCUCUCACAGACGUGUUUGCCGUUCACGGUAAGGCACGGUCGUUACUGAAUCAGAAAGUCGGAUUGGGAAUGGCAGUGGUGGCAGCUGUGUGGACGAUAAAGGCUGUAGAUAAUGGAAUGUUUCCAUUCUACAAGGACGACAUCAGGAAUUACUAUGCCUUACAGAGUAAGUGUCUACAGAUAGUGAGACUUCUGGCCAAAAAUAUAAUUCGUAGAACCCCCAUUUUAAAUAGUGUCUAAUCUUCAGUGUCACUUCAGGUUCCCAAAGUGAAGCAGCCAUCUUCAACUCCACAGAAUACGUAAUCGUCAUUGUGCACGGUGUGCUACUGUCCACGUUGGCCGUCCUGUUCUUCGUCUGUGCUUUCUCUGCCGUUCUCUCCGGAUGUUGUCUUCAACGUGAUGCCUACAAUACGAUGCGACAGUUGACGAAAGAAGCUGUCCUUCAGAGUCGUUUCCUCGGCUUCAUCCACGUCUUCUGGGCGUGCUGUCUUGUAGCCUUGGUGGUGAUUGGACUGAUAAGAACACGGUGGAACGGUGACUUCAUUGGUGGAGAUCUACUGUGGUUGGCGAUGUUGUUCUUCACUACCGGAGUGUUGUCUUCCUCCAAGAUGAACAUCCUAGUCACCACCAAAUGUGUGUUGAAUGUUGUGUCAAUUGGGAUAGCAUUGGAGAAGACAUGUGUCAGUAUUCACCUCAUCUACCAGUCGGCGACUUUCUCUGAUUAUGUGAAUCCACGAGUAUUAGAGAACGAUGCCUACGUUGGACAGAUAGUACUGCACUCUUGUCAAUGUUUGGUGCUGUUUGGAGAGUUCUUGACUGCUACUGUUGGAGCUGUCAUCUUUGGGCGACAUCUGAUCAGAACUCCCUUUAUGCAUAAAACACAUUCCACGUGUAAGUUGACUGUGUAAUCUACUAUAAUUUGGGUCUUUUGCCAAGUACAAUAUUAUUUCUUUCAGUAGUACAUACCAUCUUCUCAGUCGGCACAUUACUCUACGGUGUCGUCAUGACUGGUUGUUAUGUAGUGUUUGAACUUGGGAAGUGGAGAUUCAACGAGGUACCAUUGGAAGUACCAUUUUACCGUCUUUCCAAUGGUCCUCUAGCGUUGUGCGUCUUCGUAGUACAGGUAUGGUUACUGUACUACAUUACUGUUACAAGCCGUUAUGAUAUACACAACUAUUUUUACUUAGUCAUGUUAAUUUCAGGUAUUGUGCGCCGUAUAUCAGCCACUGUUAUUGUCAGCUACCAUCCUACAAAUCGUCGUAUCUUCGUUGGCAUUGUUUGUUAUUAACUCGGCGAUAACCAACGUGUAUUAUAUCGUAAGUUCCUUCUUUAACGUUGCUAUUACACGUAAAUCUUUAACCAUCUGAACCACCAAGAACAUCAAUCUAUAGCAAGUUCCUUUUGCACCAAUAAUAAUAUUAUUACUGAUGAUAAAUGUUACUUUGCAGCAAAUUCUGUUAGAAAACGAAGAUUUCCUCAACUCGUCCUCAGACCAACAUACCAUACUGAUCGUGGCGUUAGUGCUGGCAGCUACCGCCGCCUUAUGUUGUGUACUAUGUACCUUUUGUGGAGUUAUUAGCAUACUUAGGUCGUCGUAUAUAAUGCACCGUCGUCAUCCUGGGAGCGAGUCUACGGCCGUAGCACCACUAGAAGAUGUCCCUUAUGCCCUGAACAGUACGAUGACAUCUUCACCUAUGCCUUUUAUGGUAUGUUAACUUUGUUUUCCAGAAACAACAACACUAUCUUAUCCUAACCAAUAUUAUUUUAGCCAACCGCAGUCCAGCCGAUGGAAGAACAGACCUUGUACUGGUCGGCCGAAGAGAACCCCUAUGUCUACAAGUCGACCAAAAGAUACUAUGGUCAGCCAUACUUUGUAGACACCGGUUACUACGGUAACUACCGACGGUCUUCGAUGGACGAAGCUCUCAACCGGUCGAUUCGAAUUGCAUCGCUAGCCCCGGAACGUCAAACAACGUCAACUCAGACCCUGCCUCCCCGGAAUUGA